AUGUAAAAUUUUCAAGAGGAAACUCUUGUGCGCUCACUCAUCUCCAAUAUCUGCAGACCCAUAGUUGAAAAGUAAUCAAAGCAUCCUAAUAUAGAAUUGAAAAUAUUCAGAAGGAAAUCGAAUGCAUCCAGUUCUCCAUCCAUCAGCACGACAGAAGAAUAGAUAUUUUGUCAGAUAAAUCCGAUCAAUCAGCAUAUGACAAGUAAUACCCUCUCACUUAUAGUAGCAAACUCAAUAACGAUGCAAUUAGCAAUCUCCGAAAGAAUAUCCAGGAUGAUGAACAAAAAGUGUUUGAUAUGGAAAGGCAUUUCAAUUUGGAGUUCAAUAAAACCCGAUUGGAAUAGGGAGCCAUCAAAUUGGAAUAAGAAAACCAAAAGAAGGAGAUCAAAAUCUUAGGUGACGUCCAACAGAGCUUAACUGAGAGACUUGAAAUAUACAAUAAUUAUCUAAGUCAGAAAUUGUAUCAGCAAGAAUUUUCAAUUAACAAUGUCGACACUUCAAAUUCGAAAGUGGUCAAGCAGUUAACUGAAACUAAUCUCAAAGUAUCUAAUCACCAUAAAAUAGAAUCAAGAAGAUAUAUCCUCUCUAAACUCAUAAACUAAAGAUCUCUUAUCCAAAAUUUAAUACAAUGAAUAAGAGAUCCUCAAAAUUCAAUGUAGUAAAUAAUGGAUGCAAGAUAUGAUCGUAGAAUUAAGAUAAAAAUCCCAAUUCUUUUUGACUAUCGAUCAAAUAGAUGUGGUGUAGCAGUAAUAAACACCCAUAAGAAUUCAACCUAUUAAUAAUAAUUCAACAAUCUAAAAGUAUUAAUCACAUUUUUAUUAGUUAAGUUGAUUUAGAAGAAAUUUAAGAAAUUAUUGAUGAUAAAUUUCUAGAACUAACAAAUGUGAUUAAUACUUAAAUUCAAUAAUCUCAAGAAUAACUUAAAACCUAAUUAGAUGAAUUCAAAAUAACAUUAGUUAAACUUAAAAACGAAUGUGCCAAAAAUGUCUAAUCUAUCGAUUCCUAUAUUAAGGAUUCAAAUGAAAAAAUACAAAAUGCCAUAAAUGUAGCCUAGGAUUCAAAAAUAAUGUCAAAAUAGCGAAUUAACCAACUUGAUGAAUUAAUCUAAAAAUAACUCCAGAAAAUUACUUUAGAUAUUUAAACUAUUUAAACCAAUAUAACUGGACUGGAUCUUAGAAUGGCUGAAACCCAUAUAAAAGUAGUUAAUGUAUAAGAAAAAUAACAUGAAAUACAAGUGCAUCAAACAUCAUUUUAAUAUCUGCAUAAUCAAAAUGAAGUUCUAAAUUAUAUGCCUACGAAACAAGAUUCAUUGUAUUCUGAUUCCUUUCUAAACAACAAUGUAGCUGCUUAAAAAAUGCCAAAAACAGAGGAAACUAUUUAAGCUUAACCUGCUUAAUAGAUUCAAAUGAAAAAAAAAGUAGAAGUCCAAAUUUAGGAAACUGAAUAGAUGAUGCCGAUAACUAUAUAGAAUUUGGAUGAGGAGGAUCUCUAUACGAAGAGCCUACCCAAAAUUCAAAAUGAUAUUAUUAAACUUAAGUCGGACUUUUUUAAUGAAUAACAAUACAAUCAAAAUCAAAUGGCUAAAUUAUUGAAAUAAAAAUCAAUCACUGAUUAAUCAAUUAAAGAUAUUGAUUAAUAAUUAAGAUAGUUUAAUUAGUAUUUCAAUGUGAUUUUCUCUUUAAUUUUACAUAAUGAAUUAAUUGGAACAGAUAAUCAAGCAAAAAUCAUAGGAAAUGGAUUUAAAUUUGAAUUCAUACCCUUUCAAUAAGACGAAAAAACAAUCAUGAGUUAUUAAAAUAAUAAGAUUGCUAAGGUGGAUCUACUGAUGAAAACUAUCACUAGUAGUCAUUCCAUUAUUAGAAAAUAAAGAUAAAAUACAUUCGAUUUCCAAUAAGAUAAUAAAAGGAGACUUGAAACUGAGACAAGUCGAGAAUUAAAAAGUACAAUUUAUACAUAUCAUAAUAGCCAUGUAUAGCAAUAAGAAGUAUAGAUUAUGGGAUGACAAAUAAAUCACUUAGACUGAGAGACUUAAUUUAUCUGUGGAUGCUAAUGCAUAUUAACAAUUACCAAAGUAGAAGGUAAAGAAGGUUCUCGUGAAGUAUAAGAGGUUAUUAAGCUGAUUUAUUAAUUUAUAUUAUAAUAUAAA